AUGUCAUCAAUCGAAGGCCUCGCAUCGGAGAAGUCGACAUUCCUGGCUUCAAAUUUGGCGGUGCGUGCCGCUGAUCAGGCCUAUUUUGGUGGACACGAGGUUUACACAAACGUCUCGCCUUCCACAUCUAAGGGUGGGCCUCAUGGCCAUGGAGGCCCGCAUAGCCAUGGAGGUCACCCUCACGGUCACCAAAAAGGACAUGGUAAGUUAAAGGUUUUGUCUUUUCUUGUGACAGAUAAACUCUAA